AGUGGAGAAAAUCCACCAUCUUUAGUUCUGUCAUUUUAUACAUCAAAUUUGUGUGAAGUGAGAAAAUAGGGCGGGACUUCGCAUGUACGUCGCAUUCACGAAGACUUUACGCCCACAAGCAGCGUAGCGCUUGUAAGAAGAGAGCCGUUCGCUCAGAAAGUUACGAAAUUUGUGCUGCCGAAUUAAAUGAAGACCUGAGGUUGAUUGAAGGUUUCCACACGUUUUAAUAAUGACCUGCGACAGAUAAACAACAUAAAUCAUGGAAGGAAUGCUUUAUAAGUGGACUAAUUAUAUAAGUGGUUGGCAGCCCCGUUGGUUUGUGCUUGAAGGAGACACGCUGUCUUAUUAUGACUCUCAAGAAGAUGUUUGGAAAGGCUGCAAGGGCAGUAUCAAAAUCUCUGUGUGUGAAAUACAAGUUCACUCCUCAGACUCUACCAGGGUGGACUUAACCAUCCCAGGGGAACAAUAUUUUUAUCUCAGAGCCAUCAAUGCUGCACAACGGCAGAAGUGGUUGGUUGCCUUGGGAACUGCAAAGGCUUGUCUUACAGACAACCGGACCAAGAGAGAGAAAGAGCUUCAGGAGAAUGCGGAAGCCUUGAAAAUCAAGAUGUCUGAGCUGCGAAUAUACUGCGACCUUCUCCUUCAGCAAGUCACCAAGAUCAAGGAUGGCUCUCAGGCUGAGCUACCAGCCGCUGCGGCAGAGGAGGAGGAGGAGGGUGAAGCCGUGGGGACCCUGGUAAAAACCACCUGCACCACCUUCCUGAAGACACUUGAGGAGUGCAUGCUGAUCGCCAGCCGUACCUUCAGUUCUGAUCUUUUGACUCAGACCCCACCGGCGUCUCCUCCGGUUCUGACCAUCAAACCCCACAAGGUCAAGUUUGCUAGCCAGUCAAGCCAGAACUCCAUUGAAAAGAAAAAGGAACGAAAGCGCAGUUCUGGAAGUGUCUCGGGGAGUGAGCUACUGGAGUCUUUGAUGGAGGGACCGACGAGUCUAAGCUCAUCUCCUGAAAACACAAAAACCCAACCAGAGGGUAUCGAUGUAAAUAAAGGACCGGUUCGGCACGCCAAGGAUGUGGAUGCCCAGCAACAAGUUCCUCAGCUGGCUGACGGAGGGCAGAUGGAAGCGAUGAAGCAGAAGGAGGCAGCCUUGCCUGACCAGGACCUCCAAGAUCGACAAGAAGUUAGCCCCGUACUGCCUCGGGCCCAAGAAGUGAUUUCUUCUGACCAAGGCGUGGGAGAAGUGGUUGACCCCACUAAACCGCAGACCCACCGUGAAGAUCCAGAGCAGGUGGAAACAUUCUUCAGUACUAUGAGUCACCGCUUUAGCGAUAUAGAACUGGAGGAGGACGCUGGAAUCCCGACUCGGCCUUUUCUGGACUCCUGUUAUGCCAUAGUACCAGUGCUGGAUAAGUUGGGCCCCACAGUAUUUGCACCAGUUAAAAUGGACUUUGUGGGAAAUAUCAAGAAAGUCCAUCAGAAGUUCUUGUCUGAUCCGGAGAGAUUCCCAACCUUGCAGGCGAUUGUGAUGCAUGAGCUGGAGACGGAGGUAGCACAGGUGCGGAACUCGGCCACGGAAGCGCUGCUCUGGCUAAAACGGGGUCUCAAGUUCCUCAAGGAAUUCCUGUGGGAAGUGAAGCAGGGCGAGCGGGACAUCCCUGGAGCGCUGAAUAACGCCUAUGGGAAGACAUUGCGGCAGUACCAUGGAUGGGUCGUACGAGGGGUUUUUGCUCUGGCCUUGAGGGCUGCCCCAUCGUAUAGGACCUUCAUGGGGGCGCUGGUGUCCAGGGAAGGGGACGAGCUGAAGGAGGGCUUCGUUAGCGGCAUGCACAGGGACCUCGGGACGUACCUGCCAGCCAUGGAGCGGCAGCUGGGUGUCCUGGACACACUAUAUGACGAAUAUGGCCUGGAGUCGGACGAGGUGGUGUGACCAUGUGGACUUGAGCAGUGGCUCGCUCGCCCUGACGGGAGGAGUGGGCUCAGAGCAGAGGGUAUCAGAGCAGAGCUUGUUUCCAGAGCACCUGGUCCCAGUGGCACAUAGAGCCUACAGAGCCUGGAAGCAGUGAUUGCUGAUCCUUUGAGUUCUGGGAGCUCGUCAAGUUUACAUUUCAGACUCUACCUGUAAUAAGUACGCCCUCCCUUCAGUCCAGAUGCUUUCACCCUCACCAGUUGUGAAGAUGGUGUAAAUCAUAGGGAACGGUCUUCUGCCGAAGACAUGGAGGUUCCCGUAGUAGCAGCUUUAUUUUAUGGGAUGUUUCUCCUCCCGAGUCUCGCUCUGUAGCCGAAGGACUCCGAUCUGUCAGAGCUGGAAUCUCCCCCUUUAAAUCAUCUUCAGCUGUGAGGCUUUACAGGCCAAUAGGAGAUGGUGUGAACUUCGGGUUGAGUUGGAAGUUCAGCCAGAGAACAUUUCUGGAUACUGAUACUUUUUAUCGCGAUCAUUUCGGGGAGGAAAUACCAAGUGUAACCGAGGUGGCGU